UUGUGACGGCAGCACCAGGGCGGGGCGGCAGGGUUCCCGAGCCCGAGAGAGGGGCGGAAGUGGGAGAUGGCAUUCGGAAUAGCUCGUUGGCUGGCUUUGGGACCCCUCCGAUCCGGGGCUUUCCGGAGCGGGCCGAACUUGAGGAAAAGUGGCGAUGGUCCGGCCGUACAGGACGGCUCAAGUCGGUGCCUGGUACCGUCGAGGUCAGUCAUCGUUACCCGCAGCGGCGCCAUUUUGCCCAAACCGGUGAAAAUGUCCUUUGGUCUUCUCCGCGUGUUCUCCAUUGUGAUCCCCUUUCUUUAUGUUGGGACGCUUAUUAGCAAGAAUUUUGCUGCUCUGCUUGAGGAGCAUGACAUUUUUGUCCCAGAGGAUGAUGACGAUGACGACUAACAGGGCGAGCAGGAAGUAGAGGAGAAAGCACCAGCUGCAAAAAUGGCGAUGCUCUUGGCCACUCCUUCCCUUUCAGCCAAAGGGCCCCGGGAAAGCCCUCAGCCUGCCUCCUGCAGUCUGUGAUCGCAGUCCAGAUCCCCAUGCUCUGGAAGAUUCCCUAAGAUGUGCUCUCCACUGGGAGAACAGUAAAUUAUGUGUAACCUAAUAAACAUCAGCUGUGUCUGACUGAAA